UGUUGUGGCAUCUCUACUACUCAGAAUGGAUCUGAAAAAGAUGUAAUGUUUAAUUACAAUUGGGUAGAGAAUCCAGAAGCUCAAAGCAAAAAAGUUGACUAUGUAUAUGUUAAUACAGAUAGUGAAAGUGAUAACGAAAGUGUUAGUGAAGAUGAGAAUGAUAACAGAAGUAAAAAUGAUGAUGCAACUA